CAGGUCUCUACGAACCCCUAGUUCCAAGUCACAUACGUAUUCUACGACUUGAUGGCAUAAUUCACAUAGACGAGCCGAAUCUUGGCUAUUCUGUCCAAAUCCUUAUUGCGGAACUUGGAAGAGUAUACAAUACUUCACUCAAAAGUAAUUAUCUAAACAAAGACGACCGCCCUAUGCAUCAUAUUAUAUUCUCCCAUAAAUCCUUGGACCAUUACAUACCUUCACAUUUCCAUGGACCAGGUUUUAAAAGAGAAGAUCCGACGAAUUCUCCAAGAAGAAAACCUAAGAAAACCUUGGAACAGACGUCAUCUUAGUUGGCUAGCAAUAGAAUUCAAGUUUCUCAAUGAAAGAAUGAGGGACCAAAAUGGAAGAAUAAGACUAAGAAUAAGAAUAAGCAUCCACCUACCCCGAAGAUGAAAAACAAAGGAAAGUAAAGCUACCAACGCUACGAGACCGUUUUCUGGCAUGUACUGCUCGGAAACCUAGAGAACAUGCUCGAAGAUAAAUUCUAAAUUAUAUCAACCACGACAGGGUAAAAUAAUGAGGAGGGUGAGGCUUUCUUGCGCAUCUUUUUGAGCUGAGAGUAAACGCGGUAGAAGAAGAGGUAUGAAGUGGAGUCUCUCGCCCUCGCAAUGUCGUAGAAAUUAAGGUCGACGACAGAAUUAAGAGUUGCCCAGACGGAGCCCUUAUAUACCAGCAUUGGAAAGGCUUUUCUUCUUCUCCCGCCUUCCAUUACAUAGAUGAAGUCAGGAUGGUUCACAACGCCGAAUAAAAAACAACUUCGUGAUGAUAUAUUUGAUUAAUCGGAUGGCAUCGAUAUCCAUUGUUCUGAAGAACUAUACUCCUGUGAAAGCCAUAUACUUAAAAACGGACAGGGGAGCACUCAAAAUAAAUGCAUGAUCAAGGGUCCUCUCCACCAUAUUUUCACAGUCUUUAUGAUUUGUAUUAAAUAAUCGUUUACAUUCACCGAAUCUCUUUCAAUAUCAUCAGUGAAUUGCCAACUCCAUUGCCUGAGCACCUUCUGGUAUCUUCCUUUGACAAUCAACCAGUCUUUCGUAUAAAACCCCACUCCAACCUUUUCACAUCCAUCACAAAAAGGUCAGACUGGAUAAUCCCGAGAAGCGCAGGAAGAAAAUUCGUCGAAGAAGAAGGAAACGAAAUGGAGCUCGACACGACGGACGUUGGUUCUGAAGUACCGGAACUGGAAGAACCAGAACCGGAAGUUGAACCGGAAGAACCAAAACCGGAAGAACUGUACGAAUCAGCAGAGCCUCCCCUCAAAAGGAGCCGUGGUAUUGAUGAUAGCAUCAUCCUUGCGCAUGGUGAACUUCUGAAAGCUUAUUUGCGCAUUCCAUGCCGAAUUUCCAAGAGAAAUUCCGAAAUCGAUACUUGCAAAGAACUACUUAAAGGAUACAAAGCCGAGAAUAUAAUCCGACAAAACCAAGCAGAUGUCAAAAAGCAAAUGCGACAUUUUGAAAACGAUGAAGAGCAAUUCGUGGAAAAUUAUAUCAACCCUCUCAUUAAACUACUUCGUGAACAACCAAUGAUCAAGUGUGCUCCUGAGAAUAAGGAAAUCAUGGAGUUGUAUGAGAGACGUCAUGAGCUGGAGGAAUUGAUACAGAGUUAUGAGGAAGAUCCCAAUCUCAUGGAGCAUCGACAGGCGUUUUUGAAAUACUUUCACGAGAGAGUAUUCCAGGAACAUUUUAUUAGAGUCCAGGAGAAUAUUGAUUGGUGUCAGGACGAUAUCGAGGAAAGUGAGAAGCUGCAAGUGGAUUUGAGGAUUAUGUUGGUAAACUCGGGGAUUAUUUUGUGGGGGAGAGGUCUACCGAUGAGACGGAUAGAUGAUAGUGGAAAACCUAUCCAGGAUUAGCUAUAGGCGGUUACCAGAAACAGAUUUGCGCCUUCUCUUCAGCCUCCAAGAAAAUGCGCCUAUGUAUUCAGAUCUCCAAAAAGAACCACCUCCACCAAAGUCGAGUCACUAGCAUUUAUUGAGCAUUUCGGUAGUUCAUGGGCAGGAUAAUGAUAACGACGCUUUGAGCUUUGAUGCGCCUCGACCUUGUUCUUGCUUGUUCUGGUAUGGUGUGAUACGAGUGACGUUGAAGAAUUAUUUCCAUUUCCAGUUCUCUCUGCUCUCCCUUUUUGGAAAGAGGAUAUACACACAGUGUAGAAAGAGCCCUAGAAUCUCGGUUAAAGGUCACAAUUGCAAAAUCGGAAAUUUUGUUGCAUAUCUGAAAUCCUUUUUUCGAAUUCUGAUCGUCGUCGAUCAGGUCCAAAUAUUAGUUCUGGUCUGAAGAUCACCAACGUUGGUAUUUGCCAGACGAUCCCAUUGGUAUUUAUGUAAACCUCCACGUUGCCAUUCUCGUCAACCUUAAUGAUGAUCUUGCAACCGAUCUAAACGUUAUGGCUCAGAUGAGAAACAUAACAAAGUUCCUAACCACAACUAAUUUGCCAAACGUACUUCCCUUUCAGUGCAAGGCUAUAAUAGAACAAUGAUUCCACUAUAAAGUUUU